AUGGCGGAGGGGAAGAAAGAGAGAAAGUUGAACAGCGAAGACAGCGUGAAGCUGUUUGUCGGUCAAGUGCCGAAGCACUUGACCGAAGCUCAACUCCUCGCAAUGUUCAAAGAGUUCGCUCUAGUAGACGAAGUCAACAUCAUCAAGGACAAGACGACGCGCGCUUCCAGAGGGUGUUGCUUUGUGAUAUGUCCGUCGAGGCAGGAGGCAGAUAAAGCGGUCGAUGCGUGUCAUAAUAAGAAGACUUUGCCCGGGGCAUCUAGUCCGUUGCAAGUGAAGUAUGCUGAUGGCGAGUUGGAAAGAUUAGAACACAAGCUCUUUGUUGGUAUGCUUCCAAAGAAUGUUUCCGAAGUUGAAGUUUCUACUCUUUUCUCUAAAUAUGGAACAGUAAAGGACCUGCAGAUAUUAAGAGGCUCUCAGCAAACGAGCAAAGGCUGUGCAUUCUUAAAGUAUGAGACAAAAGAACAAGCUCUUUCUGCCCUGGAAGCCAUGAAUGGAAAGUAUAAAAUGGAGGGUUCAAGUGUUCCUUUAGUUGUCAAGUGGGCAGACACAGAAAAAGAAAGGCUAGCUCGGAGAGCUCAGAAAGCUCAUUCCCAGGCUGUUAACGUGCCAAAUGCUGAUUCACAACAUCCUUCGUUAUUUGGAGCCUUACCUAUGGGUUAUGUUCCCUCAUAUAAUGGUUAUGGUUAUCAGGCUCCUGGGGCAUAUGGACUCAUGCAAUACCGCCUACCUGGACUGCAGAACCAACCAGGUUUCCAUAAUAUGAUACGCCCUGUAAACCAAGGAAAUGCUUUGCAUGGUAUCAGGCCUCGCAAUAUCGCCCCCAGAAAUUUUGCAAUGCCUCCUGCAAGUUAUGUGGGCUCUGCUUAUCCUGCAGUUCCAGGUCUUCAGCAUCCGAUGAUGUAUCCUGGAGGAAUGAUGAGUCACCGGCCAUUGAGUUCACCUGGUUCAGUGUCACCUACAGUUGUGAACAGUAACCCAGCAACAUCCUCAGGCACCAGUAGAAGUUCUGGGGUUCAGGUUGAAGGUCCACCUGGUGCUAAUUUAUUUAUCUAUCACAUACCUCAAGAAUUUGGAGAUCAAGACCUUGCCAAUGCUUUUCAAGCAUUUGGUAGGGUUUUGAGUGCCAAGGUUUUUGUUGAUAAAGCAACCGGCGUCAGCAAAUGUUUUGGAUUUGUAAGUUAUGAUUUACCAGAGUCUGCUCAAUCUGCUAUCAGUAUGAUGAAUGGAUACCAAUUAGGUGGUAAGAAAUUAAAGGUUCAGCUUAAGAGAGACAACAAACAGAACAAACCAUAUUGA